CAACAAGCGCGCGCCAAAUAUGGCCGAUCGAGGAAAGACACAAUGAAUUUCUCGCAAGUUAGCAGUCAGAAUAGCUUUGUAUCAAUGUAUAAUGCACACCAACUUGUUAAAUGACCAUUUACCAGGUGAAUACAACUGCACGGAGUAUUUGGUACGUAGACACAAACAUGUGAAACGUUCAAAAAGUCGAGCCCACGAUGUUCCAACGACUUUUUUUCAAAAAUUCAAAUCUUAACGAAAGCCCAGUAAAUUCUCUCAUCCGCCGGCCUGAUCAAGUGUGAGUGAAUGGAUCAAGCCAAAUAGAAAGCCAUUAAUUUACAUAAGCUGUAUACUUUGCUAAAUUAUCUUCAUUGCUUACAAGACCUAAGGAUUACUGAGAGUCCUUCCAGUCCUUCGGGUUGAACCAGUUCACGGUGUCUUGCGUUGACAAGUUGCUUGUGGGCAAGCUUGUGAAGCGACACAAACAGCAUAUCCACUUACCUUGAUGGCUCGUUUAUGCAAGGACAUUGACCGCUCAGGCUAAUCUGUGACAAUAAUUUACGCACAUGCAUUCAACCUGGUCUUCUCAAGGCAAGUGCAUGGGUAAAUGAAAUGGGAUCAACUCCAGCCUGAAUUCUAUCCUGUCUAGGUGAGACAUGCUCUGAGAGAGUGGACAUGUGUGCCUGUAGUCCGUGCCUGCAUGGUGGGACCUGUGUGCCACGUGACGACCAUUACAUCUGUAACUGCAGGGGUUUGCUGGACCAAACUGUGAGGACUGCAAUGAGGUCCCUGUGCGGGAUACAGACUCUGACCCGGAGACACCCGGAUAUGCUCAGAACCUCGAUGUUGCUACGGCGACUGAAGGACAUGCAGACUCAACUCCAGGACAUAGUCAACCCCAGCGUGUCCGAGGAACCGACGGGGGCCUGUGUGAAGUCUCCUCCAAGUAUUACCUACACCAAGCAGUCGGCUAAAAGGUGGCAAAAACACUAUAUUUUAGCUUCGUUCUGGACAAAACGGCGCCUAUUGCAUGUUGCAUUAAAGUGUAUUUAUUCUGCAAAGGGCAAGACCCCGGUUAGAAGGCUCGAGGGUGAUAGGACUAACCUCAAAGAGAAAGUUGACACAUCGUUACAGAAGUCUGUGACAGAACGCUCAGCUGUGGAGGGAAAGGCCAGGUUGUGCAAACGUCAAACCCAAUCAAAAGAAGACAUGCACAAGAACUAUCAAGACGACAAUUGCACAGAUCACAAAGAAAACUACAUGGGAGCUCUGCCAGAGAAAAAUGUCUGUUCUAAAAUAAUGGAAACACCAUCGAACGAACCCCAGAGUCGAGACACAAACCCAGACCUGUCUGAUCUCCGUAAAGACAUUGAAGCAGAACAUAUGGAUCAACUGAAAACCUUCGGAAAAAUGUCUGAUGAUUCACUGUUUAUAGAAAACAGGUCAAAUGAAACUGGGUCAGGAGGGUCGGCUACACCUAACACGUUACGGAAGCGACGCAUUAUUGAUCGGAACGUGCGGGUGAACGGGGUUCGAGACCUGAACGCGAGUGAGUUGAUGAGAGAGGUGGAGGAUGACUAUACAAGGUUGAACUAUAGUUACUCCAACGUGGAUGAUACAGACCUGAAGUUUCUGCAGAAGAGACUUGCACAGGCUGAACUUGCAGAUACACAGGACUGCAAUGAGGUCCCUGUGCGGGAUACAGACUCUGACCCGGAAACUCCCGGAUAUGCUCAGAACCUUGAUGACCCGGCAAACUCCAGAAAGAUUGCAAAAUUCAUUAGAGAUACGAAGAAACCAAAGUCAAUACUUCUCUCUGAUAAUACUAGCAGAUUGAAUAAGUCCAGCACGGCCAAUGGCAGCAGGGUGAGCUUCCGAAGUCCGUCACGCGAUGUGUCUGGUAACCUUACAUACGAGAUGGACUCGUUCUCCAGACAGCAGCAGAGGAUGCUGGGAUACGAUUGGAUAGCGGCGCUCAUUGAGAACGAUCCCAACGCUGUGAACCAAUCAGAAACGUUCUUUGAUGAGUUAAGGGAGUUCCGUAAACUGAACAUGCAGGAGUGCUCCAAUCAGAUGUACAUGGAUGGCCCCCAGGAAUUGUGGGAGCACCCUGAGAGGAGAACAGAAUGCCUCUAUAGUUAG